AUGACCACGAAAGCUUACUGCACAUCGCUCCUCAGAGUCGUGUUCACCUUGACUCUCUUGACAACCCUCACAAAAGGUAGUACAAUCCCCGCAGGUUACAAUCCAUAUGACGAUUUUCUUUCAUCACAGAUUGCUUCAACGUCUGAUACCACUGAUUGUGGUUGUUCCCAUAAACAUACUACGGACUCUCGACCUGCAAGUACAUCAACAGUGAUCAGUCCGACUUCUACCCUUAUAUCUGGAAGCUUCAGCUCUGCUGCUUCUAGCUCUGCUGCUUCCAGUUCUGCUGCUUCGAGUUCUGCAACUUCCAGCUGCACAACGUCUAGCGCUGUAACUUCCCAUCAAGUUCAACCGUCUUUCACACAGCCCCAGGCAUCUUUCAUUCGACCUUCCGGGGAAUGGUCUGCAGCAAGUUCUGCCACAUCCGUCACUCAAGUCGAUCCCCCUUCCGCUGCCUCGUCAAGUGAUGGCUUCGCAACAACAACAUGUACAACUACGGAUACCGCUGGUAACACUUUCUAUCCAGAUUCGGGCAAUACUGUUGGCCUAGGACACAACUCUGCUGAAUCAGCUGGAUCACAAGAUACUCAUUUGACUAAUGGUAUCGGCUCUACCCAUAGUGACGUCUCACUUACCAGUCAAAUCCCGGCUCCCACGAUUUCUUACAUCACCACAACGGUAUUUCAACCCCAAAGUACUUCCUCUCCCCCAUCAGGAAAUCCAGGUUCCGGUUCAGGAUCAGGUUCAACCUCGACCUCCGGGUCUAGUUUCAGUUCAACGACGUCUGCGGCCACUUCAGAACCUACUGUAGGAUAUAACCUACGUUUCGGAGAGAUGCUGGAAGUAUUCAGACUUGAUAUCAACGAUUAUAGUAAAACAACGUCAAAUUUCACUGGACCCGAGGGCUACGCAUAUCUUUUCAAUGAAGAUUAUCGUGAAGCCAUUUUCAAUGUAUCUGUUCAUGAAGCAGUAAUGGCUUACGGACAGACAUAUAUGGGACAAGCAACAAAGUACAUGCACUGCACUGCAGAAGUCACCGCUUCACCUACAACAAUGUACUCGAUGACGAUAUUUCCCGAUGGUCGACCGUCGCCUACUUCAACUGGUGCAGCUUGCUUGGAAUGUACUGAUAUUGCUUCCACUGAUAUGAAAACCGCCAGUCAAGCAUGA